CCGGCCACCUGAACUUCCCAUCAUCGGCAGAAUCCAGUGCGUGAUACAGACGAGCCGCGCUCCUUGUGAAAAACAAGUUUCGACCUCUGUCCCUGAGACGUUGCUUUUUGGGAGGGUUGGAUAAAGCCAUUUCUCAGAAAGCUCUGCACCUUGUACAUGAGGAACUGUGGAGCGGGGGUUCCCAGGAGCCUUUCUCGAUUCGAAGAGGCUUGGCAAAUUUCUCUCCCACUUGCAUCUAGAGACGGGUGGUGGAGAGACGGAGAUGAGAGAUUAAAAGCAUGCCUCUGAUUGCGGCAGUGGCCCUGACCGGGCUAGUCUUGUUGAGGGCUUUUGGCACAGCGCUGGAUCCGGGCUUGGAUGAAGCCUGGAGAGACUGGAAGAGAGCCUAUGCAAAAGAAUACCAUGAGGCGAAAGAAACUUUCCGGAGAGAUGUGUGGGAGAAGAAUCUACAGAUGAUUAAACAGCACAACAUUGAGGCUUCCCAAGGGAAGCAUACCUAUGACCUGGGCAUGAAUCAUCUUGGCGAUUUGACAAAAGAAGAGUUUAACCAAAAGCUCAACGGCUUCCGUUCGGACCUGGAUGAACAACAGAGCGGCAAUGUGACCUUUUUCGAAGGAUCUGCCACUCUGGAGAAGCCCAAACACAUAGACUGGCGCACGAAAGGUUAUGUCACCCCAGUGAAAGACCAGGCCGACUGUGGCUCUUGCUGGGCGUUCAGUGCCACCGGUGCCCUGGAAGGCUUGCAUUUCAAGAAGACCCGCAAGCUGGUCUCGCUGAGCGAACAAAACCUCGUCGACUGCUCCAGAAAGCAGGGCAACCAUGGGUGUGAGGGAGGCUUCAUGAACUGGGCCUUCAAGUAUGUGGUGAUCAACAAGGGAAUCAACUCGGAGCGCACGUAUCCCUAUGAGGCGCAGGACGGGCCCUGCCGGUUCAAACCGUCGGACCGGGCGGCAACCUGCACCUCCUUCGUCAAGAUUGCAAAGAAGAACGAGAGCGCCCUGGAGCAUGCUGUGGCCAAGGUGGGCCCAGUUUCUGUUGGGGUGGAUGCGAGUGACUUUAUGCUUUACAAGUCAGGAAUCUUUUUCCGCAAGGGCUGUGGUGAGUUCUUGAAUCACGGCAUGCUGGUCGUUGGCUAUGGCACCACCAAAGAAGUAAAAAAAAAUAAAAAUUAUUGGAUCCUGAAAAACAGCUGGUCUGAAACUUGGGGUGAAAAAGGCUACAUGCGGCUGGCAAAAGGACACCACAACCAAUGUGGCGUAGCAAGCGACGCAAGUUACCCCACCCUGUAACCAGCUGACGGAGGGCGGACAGGAUCUUGUCUUUCAGAACCUUCCCAAGCUUCAGAGUGACGGACAGUCAGGCUUUUUCACGGUUUGCAGACAGGGCAGGCUUGAAGUUCUGGAUGUUUUGCUCAGAAGCUGCCCUGAAAGCAAAGGAUAUAGGGAUAAACGCCAUUAAAAUAAAUAAAUAAAUAAGAUUCUG